AUGAGUAAAAGUCUGCCCCUCAAUCCUAAGCCUUUUCUCAAUGGGCUGACAGGAAAGCCAGUGAUGGUAAAACUGAAGUGGGGAAUGGAGUACAAGGGCUACCUGGUCUCUGUGGAUGGCUACAUGAACAUGCAGCUUGCAAAUACAGAAGAAUACAUAGAUGGGGCAUUGUCUGGACAUUUGGGUGAAGUUCUAAUAAGGUGUAAUAACGUUCUUUAUAUCAGAGGUGUGGAAGAGGAAGAUGGGGAAAUGAGAGAAUAG